GCGCCAAAACAAAAACACGGCAUUAAACAAUUUGUAAUUUACGCUCGCACAAAACCAUGGAAUUCCGUCUGAAGAAACGCCCGCGCCUUGAGGUCAAGGCUGAGGUGGUCAGCCUGGAGAGCAAGUAUCCGCAGAACGUGAUGAUGUACCACUAUCCGCCGACGGACGACGUGCACAUCGAGGAGUUCGAGGAGUUGGCCCUGGAGCGCCUGCGUCUGCUCCGUGUCCUGGAUCGUGCAAGCACCCGGAACCUGCGCCUGCUCUCCGACGAGUGGAAGGAGUACGUGAAUGCGGAACUGACUCGCGAGGGAUUGCGCAGCUACCUGCGGCUCUGCUCUGCCGGCGGAGGCACCAAGCAUGAGGCGGACAUGCAGGCCCGCCGGCGGGACUACAUCUCGCACUUCAUCCUGCGGCUGGCCUACUGCCGCUCGGAGGACCUCAUUCGUUGGUUCGUGGCCCGCGAAAUGGAGCUCUUCCGGUACAAAUUCGCCGCCCUCAGCAGCACGGAGGUGAAGCAGUUCCUGGAGGCCAACAAAUUUGAGGUGCAGCCGCUAACCGAGGCCCAGAAGGACGAGGUCAAGGAUGGCCUGUACGAGAGUACGGUGGGCCAGAGUGUGGCCAAGAUCGAGCUGCUGGACUUCUACAAGGUGCCGUUCACCCAGGUAAUGGACCUGGUGCGAAGUCGCCGCUGCUACUUGAAGGCGGGCUUCGCCUAUGUGAACACCCACGAUCUGGUGUCCAUUGUGGGCACGCGGCAGCAGGACGAGAUCGAGCGGGGGCUGCUGGCCGCCAAGGGACUGGUGGAGGAGGUGGAGGGCGACGAGCGCAUCUCCCGCAUGCUGAAGGCCCUGCACAACUCGUACACCGGCAAGGACUACACCGUGUGCCGGGACGCAGCGGUGCCCAUUGAGUCCCUCGACCAGCUCUCCAAGACCUCCAUGCCGCUGUGCAUGCGCAUGUGCCACGAGCACCUGCGCGCCCAGCAUCACAUAAAGCACGGCGGCCGGAUGCAGUACGGCCUGUUCCUCAAAGGGAUUGGCGUGACGCUGGAGGAUUCGCUGCGCUUCUGGCGCGAGGAGUUCACCAAGAAAAUGGACGCGGACAAGUUUGCGCGCAGCUACGAGUACAACAUCUACCACAACUACGGCAAGAAGGGCUCCAUGGUGAACUACACGCCCUACUCCUGCGCGAAGAUCAUCAAGGAGAUGGCCACGCCGGGCGAUUGCCAUGGCUGUCCCUACAGGUACAUGGACCCGGGAUCGCUGAAGACCAAACUCUCCUCCUAUGGCCUCUCCGCCAGCGCCAUCGAGGAGGUGAUGUUCUUCGUGUCCCGCGGCCACUACCAGAUCGGCUGCGGCAAGUACUUCCAGAUCACCCACAACGCCACCGCGGAGCCGACCAUCAACCACCCGAACAGCUACUUCGAGGAGAGCCAGAUAACGAUGGGCAACCGGCAGAAGCGCACCACAGGAUCCGCUGCGCCGAAGGCCAGAGCUCGGCCGGACAUCAAGGGCUGCGGCGAUCGCUCCAUGCUGAUGGGCGACGACGACGACGAGCUGUGGCGCAUUGCGGAAACCCAAGAGCGCGCCAUGCAAAGCCAAAAAGCCAUAUCGGAGGCCUUUGAUGACGACCUAGAUCUAACGCAAAUCGAUUACUAAUCGUGGUGCAAACUAAACUAGCUUAGUUGUAUACUUAAGUACGGAAAAAGAGAAAAAUAUAUGUGCGAUGUUGAUCAA